AUGAGGCAACCGGAGAUGUCCCAUUCCCCCGCCUAUUAUCAGGACAACAACCAGGCCGUGGCUACCACCAUUCUUCAAGACUGUGCUCCCGCCGCUCCUCCUGCCGCUCAUCUCCCGCACGCCCCCUUGCCAGUGCAGGGCCACGCUCCGCCACCGGGGCCCGUCUCGUCCCGUCCCUCGUCGAGGGGCGGCGAUCUGACCAAUACGUAUGCGUCGUCCACCCCCUGGGAAGCUCCCGAAUUCCGACAUUCCUACCAACAUUCUCGGUCGUCGCAUAACUAUCCGGCCCUUUCCCAAGAGCUCGGGCAAUCCAUCUACCCCGAUCCUGACUCGACCGCGGGAGUUCCUCCGACGUUUGUUUCGCCCUAUGUAGAGCAUAGUGCCGUGGUGAACGGCGUUGCGCACAGUGCCGGAGCUAUGCGUAAAGAGGAUCGCACUCGUGGAAGCUGGACGGAUCACUCGUCGUACCUGUCGUCGGGCGACAAUCAUCAUGCGCAGAGCGUCGGUCGUGCGCAGAAGCGUCCGGCGCAAGAUGAGGAGGAGGCGUUCGGGGAUGACAGUCAAGAUGCACUCCUAAUGCUGUUCCGACUCUCCGUCCCGGUCCCGCUGUACUCCUUCUGCACCUCCCUAUACACGGUUUUCGGUCUCCUCUUCGUACUCCUGAGCUCUCCGCUUCGCCUCUGUUCCUGCAUCCCAUACCUCCGCAAGACAUCCUUCCGCGCCCAACUGUGCGAUCUGCUGGUGCCGCAAUUGCACUACCAUGAGCGACUGGUUCGUCUGCGACGAUCGUAUCGGUCAUCGUCUACCCAGUCGAUCUAUAACGGCCAGGAUACCGACGGGGAAUCGGACCCGACGCGGGAUUACUCGAUGUUCGGGCUGAUUGCUGUUCUCCUCUGCUCUUCUAUCCUGUCACUGGCCUUUUUCCUCCUGGUCUGGACUGCCGCAUUCUUCUGGAUCUUCGCCAUGAUGCUGGGAAACCCCGAUGGUACCGAGCGCCGAGACGAUGGCCGCGCGGCUGUCCUUGGCGUGUGCAAAUGGUGGCACAUGUGGUUGAGCAAGGCGCGAAAGUCGUCUCGCUAA